AUGUCGACACCGAUCGAGCCCGCGCAGAACCGCCGCGAGGUGUUUGCCAACCUCGACCAAGCCACGUUCUCCAAGGCCCAUGUCCGCGCGAUGCUCGUCGCCGGCUCGGGCUUCCUCGUCGACUCGUACGACAACUUUGUCAUUGGCCUCAUCGUGCCCAUGAUUGCGUGGGAAUACUACCACCAGAGCAGUCUUCCAUCGUCGCAAGCCGAUGGCUGGGUCAAGGCCGCGUCGUCGUGGGGUAACGCUGUCGGUCAGCUCUCGUUCGCCGUCCUCGGUGACAUCCUCGGCCGCAAGAAGGUGUACGGCAUCGAGCUCAUCAUCUUGAUCGGCGGUGCUCUUCUCUGUGCGCUGGCCGUCUGGCCCAUCAACGGCGAGGCCGACAACGUCUUGAUCCUCAUGGCGGUCUGGCGCUUCAUCUUGGGUAUCGGCGUCGGCGGUGACUACCCCGUCUCGGCUGUCAUCACGAGUGAGUUUGCGUCUAGCAGUCGCCGCGGUCAGUUCAUCGCUGCCGUCUUUGCCAUGCAAGGCUUUGGUAUCAUUCUCGGCGCGGGCAUGGCUUUGUGCUCGCGGCGUGGCGCCGUCAACCUUGGCUACUGCUGGCGUAUUCUGGCCGGUUUCGGCGCGAUCCCGGCUUUGGCUGCUGUCUACUGGCGCCUCCGUAUUCCCGAGACGCCGCGCUUUACGGUCGACGUCCUCGGCGAUGCCGAGCAGGGUGUCCGCAACGCCAACCAGUUCCUCGAGGGUACCAAGCACGACAACAACGGCACGGUGCCCAAGCCCAACACGGCCAAGUCGUUCCGCGAGGCCUUCACGACGUACUUUUGUCAAUGGAAGAACGCCAAGGUGCUCAUCGGUUGUGCGGCCUGUUGGUUCUUCCUCGACAUUGGCUACUACGGCACGUCGCUCAACACGCCCGUCGUGCUCGAGACAAUCGGCUACGGUGCGCCCACGACAACUGGCAACCAGAAAAUGUACGACGAUCUCUGGAACCGCGCCGUGGGUACGGUCUUGAUCAACUUGGCCGGCACGGUGCCUGGCUACUGGUUUACGGUCUUUUUUGUCGAAAAGUGGGGUCGCAAGCCGAUCCAAUACAUGGGUUUCGUCAUGCUCACGCUCCUCUUCCUCUUCAUGGCCAUCUUCCUCAACGACCUCAAGACCAACCACACGACGAUCUUUGUUGUGAUGUACUCGUUCGCGCAGUUCUUCUUCAACUUUGGCCCCAACACGACAACCUUUAUCAUUCCGGCCGAAGUGUUUCCGACGGCCGUGCGCUCGACGGGCCACGGUAUCUCGGCCGCCUCGGGUAAGGUCGGUGCUAUCAUUGCGGCCCAGUGCUUUGCGGUUGUCGCCAAGACGUGGGGCUUUGACCGUGUGCUGUACAUCUUCUCGGCGUGCUGCUUUAUGGGUCUUCUCUUCUCGUUCUGGGUGCCGGAGACCAAGGGUCUCACGCUCGAAGAGCUCUCGGGCGAAGACGCCGAGUACAACGAGUCCAAGACGCCGUUUCCCAAGGAAGCCGGCAUGUAG